AUUCAAAUAAACUUAAGUAUGUAUAAAUUAUUUAAGACAAUGAAAGAAAUACAAAAAAAAAAUUACGAAAAAGUCGAAAAAAUGGGUUGUCCUUCGUGUGUUAUAAUAUUUGUUUGUGGGUUCAAGUUACCCUUUUAAUUCGAAAGUGUACUUAAACGUUAAUUUGAUACGUUAGUACUAAUUAUAAAGGCGAAAGAUUUAGGUUUGGAUGUUUGUUACUUCUACACUAGAAGUACUUCCAAGCGCGCCUAUUAGAUAUAUUAUUGCCUCAAAUAUUUAUUUUGUUCUGUUUUUUAGUAUUUGAUAUUAUAUCGGCAACAAAUAUACAUCAUUUGUGAAAUUUCAACUGUCACUUCAACUAUCACGACUCAUGAGAUACAUCUUGGUAACAGACGGACAGACAGACGGAAGGACGGACAACGGAGUCUCAGUAAUAGGAUUCCGUUUUUUACUCUUGGGUACGGAACUCUAAUACGAAUUUACUAUUACAAUUCCAUUGAUAAGGUAACUAAUAUUGAGGAUAUAGUAUACUAAUAGUUAAGUAGAAGUUAAAUCACUACUACUCAUAUUUUUCAAGAAACUGUUUAUUGUUCUUAAAACAGGUACAUUUAACGUAUUUUGCAGAGAUUUCACUUCUACAUAACUAUUAGAAAUUGCACAAGAAUAACGGUACAGAGCUUAGAAUAUAAUUUAAUGCUAGCUACCAGCAAAGCUCUCUAGAAAUACCUCUACUAUCUGUUUAAAUUAAUAAUAAGGCAUCAAGCUUAUGAGGUUGGUUUACCAUGAGUUGUGAUAUAUUUGUGACUUUACCUGUUUUACCAGAGAAGUGCAUUUUUUUUUUCCUUAACUAUCCUUACUAAUAAUAAUAAUGCGAAACUCGGUCUGUAACCAUUUAGGUGAAAUUUGGUAUGAGAAAGUAUAAUACACUAAACAGGAUAAUAUAUUUCAAACAUUAGAGUGAUCUUAUAUCGAAUCUCUCAACGGUUCGCCUAUUUUCAUUGAUAUAAGUUAGUCUACUUAUAUAGCAAAAAUAAUAUUUUUUAAAAUAACAAUUUCACUUCUAAUUUAUUAUUUUCGGUGUGUUUCGCAUUCACAGUGAUUGUUUAAAAAUAAUUUUGUUUCUUAUUUAUUAUCUUUGGUAUUUUUUGCAUUUACAGUGACAAAAACGUAUUCGAAAAAUUACUCGAUAUGAUACUGUUAGUUGAGCCUAAGAGCAUUCGGUAUUUUUUUUUUUUUUGAUAACUUUGAUGAUGACAAAUUCACUCAAGUCAAAAUAGAUUCACUAAAGAGAUGUAGAUACAAAUGUUUUCAAUACAUGUCCUUUGCCUACAGAAAAUGUCCAGUGGCGCUCGCCUGGUGACGAUGGGGUUCCUCUUAAGCCUUGCCGCUUCAGCCACCGCAAUCAGGUGUUGGAAAUGUGGUCAGUACAGCGACGGAGUCGGUUCCAUAACACCUUGCAACAAUCGAAGUGCAGCACAUCUGGAAGAGUGUCCAGGAAAUUCAAAAUACUGCAUCAAAUAUGUUAGCGAAUUGACAAUCGUACGGGAUUGCGUACCCACAUGCAAAGAAAAAGGUAUGUAUUAUAAUGUGGAUAUCAUGAAAAUUGAGAAUGAGUAAUUCAAGUGGAAUUUUUAUAUGAAUAAUACAGAACUAC